AUGUCACAGAUAUUUUCAAUAUGGGUGGUUCCAUUCCACGUCUCUCCCGUCAGACUCACGACGGUCAUCAAUCUCACCACGGAUUCUGGAGUCCAGAAGCCCUCGAUGGUGAACGGGGAUCAUACCCUCUACUACAUCGCCAAGCAAGAAGAUUUGUACCAGGUCUCAGAAUGGAUCAAGUUUCUAGUUCCCCAUGUAGGGCAUCUCUUUGUUCUUGCUUUUCAAUCAUUUGCGACUCUCUUCUGUAUGCUCGGUGUUGUCAUCUUCUAUCCUAUCAUGUGGCUGGAGGAGAGGCGGGUUAUUCCUUAUAAGAUGUUGCGCAAGGGAAACCUUGUGUAUAAUAUCGAGAGGAAGAUACCGGAGAUUAGGAAAGAGUGA